ACUUACAACAACAACAUCAUUAGAAGACGAAUAUCAGAAAGAAAUUUUCUUGAGUUUUGAAUUACAUUUUUAGAAAGGUUGAUAGAUUGCAAUAUCGAAUCAAUCAUGUCAAGUUCAUCGGCAAAAGAGAUGAUGAAAUCCAAGAGUUUCUCCCAAACAUGUGAUUUACUGAGCGAAUAUAUGAAAGGGAAUAAAGGUGGUUUUGGUCCACCAGCAAUGAAUCUAGCAUCAUCGGCACAGGCAUCUUUAACGGGCAAUUCAUCGUCGGCGUGCAACCCCGAAGUUAAAUCAAUGGGAUUGUUUCCUCAACAACAUGCUUCUUUUGGCCGGACGCCAAACACAAUAGAAAGAAAGAGUAAAUCGGAAUCUCCUCAAAUGACAAUAUUUUACGGCGGAAAGAUAAUGGUUUUGGAUAAUUUAACGGCAGAUAAUGCAAAACAAGUUUUGGGUUUUGCUGAGAAUUUCUCAGGCUCAUACAUUGUGAACACUCGAGAAACUCAGGGAAACAGUGUCGUCCCUGUGAACAAGAUUCGCAAGGAUUUAUUGCCUCCAAGCCAUCAACAGCGACAACAACAACAACAAAGACCCAUUCCCAUUGCUUCCGGUGGUUCUUCAUCUCUAUAUAUAAAUGCAUCUGAUGUACCCGCAGCUAAAAAUCUUUCACUACAAAGAUUUUUGGCGAAAAGAAAAGAGAGGAUUAUCGCAAGAGCACCAUAUCAAGUUAAGGCUUCUUCUUCCUCGACCCCGAAGGAUAGUCAAGCUAAAGCGAAUGUAGAGAUGGACGAAAGCAAGACAUGGCUCGGUUUAGGUCCCAAAUCUACACCUCCAAUGGAGAUAUAAGGACCGCUGCAGUUAUAGCGUCACGUCUGCAUCCAUCAAUUGCUCUACAAAAUCAAGUACCACUUCAUUUUUAUAUUUAUUUUUGACAGAAAGUGAAGGUUAUAUAAAAACAGAACAAAGCACUAGAGUUACAAAAUCUACUCGUACUGUUUUUCAUUUUUUUUUUUAAUGUAGCGGGUCUAAUCUUCUUGAGGAGAUUCAACCAUUUAGACCGAGCUGAUCCAACUGCCAUCCUCAAAAUAUUGUAUAAAGAAAACGCGAAGAAACGGUUUAGAGCGUAGACUUUUCACUUUUGCUUAAAAGAAACUCAUUUCGGCUUUGUCAACAAUAUGUCAAAGAAUUCCAGCCAAAGAUGAUUUCAAGAUAGCUGCAACUGGAGACCACGUCUCCAAAUCUAAAUGACAACCACAAAAAAUAAAAUAAAAUAGCCAUUUUCUUAUCAAGGAUUAAAAAGAUAUCUCUUAUGCUUUCAAGUUUUAAUAAAUUUCUAUUGUUUA